AGAAGCUGACCAGUCGGACACUAGCCAACACUGUCCGUGAAAGAUAUAAAGCGGUAUCUUGCUCUGGUAAGAGUGCCAUCACCUGGUCAAAGGUGCUGAGUCUGAGAAUGCGUCAUACUAUAGUUACGGUGUGGGGAGAGACACUACGUGACACCAGCAGCACCGCCCUAGACCUAGCCCUAAUCCCACGUGAAGCUGUACAGAGAGCCUUCGUCGCCUUCCCAUAUCUUUUUUGCUACUGAGUGAGCCACACCCCUAUGUGGUGUCUCCUUAUACACAUCAACGCAGCAUGGUGUCAGAUGUGGCUAGAACUGACUCCAGUACCUCAUAUGCUGCCAAAUAGCUUUAUAAGCACCACGUCUAUGCAAAGCUGUAGUUUAUCCUAACAAAAAAAAACAAAAAAAAACUAAAGACUGCUCACUACAGAAAGUGCCAUGUGCAAUAUGGGAGGAAAGUCCCACCUUCUAACUGAAAGAGCCAAUCAUUGGGCUGGUAAAUCCGUUGCGUUUCUAGGUCACAGGUUAUCUUCAGCUGGGUUACAACCGGACCUAGACAGACUGGCUGCGAUUCAAAAUAUGCAUGGACCUACUAAUGUGUCUGAGGAACUCAGCUUUCUGGGAAUGAUGAAGCAACUGGGGAAGUUCCAGAACUAGCUGAGAAAACAAAGCCCCUGCAUGAAGAAAAGUCUGUGGUCCUGGGACGUUCAACAGCAGGAGUCAUUCACAAUGCUAAUAAAUGAGCUCAUCACAGCACUAGCUUUAGCGAUUUAGCGAAGGUCACAAAAGUCGCAGCAGAUGGUUUGGUGUUUUGGUCUAGGAGGAGUGAUCUAUCAAAAGUUCAGUGAUGCGUGGAAACCCGUAGCAUACGCAGCUAGACUCCAACGAAGCAGAGAUAUGCCUAGAUAAAGGAGUCCCUGGUUCUUGUUUAUAUUCGACGCAAUAGACGGGCAUUGGUUCAGAUACACAACCCUGGGAAAAGAAACCAUCCAGAUAUGGACCGGCCAAACUUAUUCGAGGAGGAUCACAGUCUGACAGCCACAGUUCAACGGCCAGCUUCAAGCCCACAGUUUCCUCUACCUACCAGACCAUGAACAUACACAUGAUCAGGACGUUUGUCUGUACCAGCCAAGAUAAAUGAAUCUUUAGAAUUGGCGAAAGCUCUGCCAUCUAGUGGUGAUUCAUGCAUAUCAUUUCAUCUGUCAGAAACCCGGCCCUCCAAAAACAAACAAAACACAAGCUCUCCAUCGCUGACACUGUACAACUGAUUCAGGUUGCAUAACUUUCGAAACUAUUCAUGCAAUUCUUAAAACAAUAUACGGAUACACACAAUUCACGUUUUUACACAUUUUAAUUUUGUUUACAAACCACUAAACAGACAAUAACCCGAUUUUACGCGGGUUCAGUCAAGUUUUUUCUUCAGAAAAGAUAAAGCACAUAGCAUAACAGACACAAUCAAUCCACACACGUUUAUCCGUGUAAAAGGUAGUGAAAUUGAUGCCAAACUGGUCACAACUCUAGGAUUUAUUAAAAUAACCACAAAGUUUAGGCAUAUGUUGUAAACAAUAAAGCAGGCGAUGAAAGAGAGAAAAAGAAAGCGACAAAGAUGAAUCAGAACUUGAUUUCUGAGCAAUGCAUGUUUAUAGAGAGUGAAAGAAAGGUGGCACAAUUCUUAAAACUUGAGAAAAAAUGAUAGUGGACCACUUGUCUGACAGGCAGACUCUCUCUCACACAUUAUUUAGUGCGUGCGCUCAGGCUGCACGCGGUCACGCAGCUGUGGAGGAUCGCGCGGAAUGUCUUGGCGCGCGGGCUCGAGCUGGAGCUCGCGAAAGGCGCUCUGAGCCGGAGACCCUCUGCUCCCCGUGCAUUAUGGAUCUCAACAUAGAUACUCUUUAAACUAAAACAGAUGCAUCCCCGCAGAAUAAACCUUUAAGCCUGACCGAUCGACACUGAAUAUUUCCGAAGACAAUGUCCGGACCACGGGUCUCGGCGAGUCAGGGGAGCGAUGAGUCGGACACGGAGCUGCUGCUCGAGACGCUCUCGCCGGAGGAGGUGGAGGAGCUCGAGCGGGAGCUCGUUUACAUCGACCCCGACCCUAACGUCCCGGUUGGACUCCUCCAGCGGAACCAGACAGACAAGCUGCCGUCCAGAGGCUACGACAGAGAGGCUAUGCUCGACUACUGUGAGCGGGAGACCAAGAAACUGAUCCGGAGAGAGCUGAGCGCAGAGGGAGGGGAUGGCCGAAGGAGAGAUCGACUUCGUCGGAUGAGAAGCAGAGAGUUUUCCAGAUCACAGAGCGGCGAUCCUCCUGACACGGAGAGCAGAAAUGCUGAGAGCCAAAAAGAUCACGAGAGAGCAAGAAAAAAUGAAGACGACUCUAAAAAUAUAUCUGAUGAAGAUAAAAAAGGCAAAGAGAAGAAAAGGGAAGAGGAAAAGACAGAAAGAGAGAUGACAGGCAAUAAGACAGAAUGCGGAAAAGAGCUUUCUAGAAAAGAAAGAGAAAGCAGCAAAACUCUAGAUCUCAUAUCUAAACUACAAGAGAAAAAAGAUGAUAAGAAAGAAAGAGGGAGAAAGGUGGAGAAAAAGGUGAGUGAAAACUCCAAAAUACGAGGGUUUGUCUCCAAACUGCAAGAAACCGAAGACCUAAAAGUAAAAGACAAUAAGGCAGAUGUCAAGAAACAAUAUGAACCAAAGAACAACAGAGCAGAAGGAAGAGUACACAUUAAAGAUGUAGAAACAGAUGAGAAGAAAAGCAAUAGAAAUAUAGAAGAGAGAAUCAAAAGAAGAGACAUAGUAGAGGGGGAUGAGAAGCGUCACUCACAGAGAGACACAACCAGAGCACAGAAUGAGAACAAAAUACAAAUGAAUCAAUCAGAAAAUGAGGUGAAAAUAUCUACCAUUUCCAGCCACAAACCCUCACUGAAGUCUUGUGGAGUGGACGAUCGUUCUGUUACGACUGAAGAGGACGAGUCCUUUAGUGAAGAUGUGGAUAGCGAUACGGGCUCCAGCAUGUUUGAUGACCUUCUGGAGCAGGUUCGCAGCGAUGACCCUGAACUAACAGAGCUCAACGUCAAUAAUUCAGAUGCCAUUAAGACAGACACUCUGAUACAGUUUGCAGAAGGUCUUCGCAGCAACACUCACAUCAAAACCUUCUGCCUUGCAAACACAAGAGCGGAUGAUCAUGUCGCAUUCGCCAUCGCUGGAACCCUUCGAGAUAAUUGCACCCUGACCAGCAUCAACCUCGACUCCAAUCAUUUAACAGGCAAAGGCAUCCUGGCCAUCAUCAACUCUCUUCAGCACAACAGCAUGCUUAUGGAGCUGAGGUUUCAUAACCAGAGACACAUCCUCGGAGGAAAGACUGAAAUGGAGAUGGCAAAAGUCUUACGUGACAACUCUUCACUGCUGAAGCUGGGAUAUCACUUCGAGCUAGCCGGGCCCAGGAUGACCAUGACGAACAUAUUGAGCCGAAACAUGGACAGGAAGAGGCAGCAACGCCUAGAAGCUCAAAAACUCGCCAGACAGGAGACGAACUCCGAGCCACGUGACGAUAAGACAUCAACUGAGAAGAAUAAGCCAACAACAUCGUCCAUCAAAACUCAGAAAAAAGACUCUAAAUUUACUGGCCUCUCAAAAUUCACUUCUGCUCAGGAAACUCCCAAAGCUCCGCCCACAAAGUCACCUUCCAGACCCCUCCCAUCUGCGGCAACAGGAAAGAAAGAAGGGGCGAUAGGAAGUCAACAAGCUCCUCUGCCCCCUCCUCCUCCACCCCCUCCUGGCCCAGCGUUAGAUGUUCAGGCCCUGAGGAGGUCACUGACCCCGAUCUCUCAGAGGAAACCAGACGGCAGUGCAGCUGUCCGACACACGGACAGGAGCUCCAGAGAUCAGCUUCUAGACUCUAUCAGAAAUUGCAGCAUGAACGCUCUAAAAAAGGUGACACAGACAUGUCAUAGAUGUUACUAUGCCACAGCAGGAGUGUUGUGCGGUACAAUAUGAAUACAGUUGAGAUCCCUAAGCGGCUGAGAUAGCAUCUUCUGCCUUCAGAUUCCCCUGCAGGCCUCCAGUGAAUAACCCUUCUUAUCUCAGACUCUCCCAAAUGCAGCCAGUUUGGAUUGUUUGAUUUCUAAGCGUUUCAAGAGGGACACAGUCAACAUUCAAGCUGUGGGAGGCAUCUGUUUGGGUUUGAAGGACCCUCACAGAAAGAUUGUUGUCAACUUUUUGCGUACUUUAUAAUAUUCUUGAAUAUAUGAUAUUGUAAAGUACUAAUCAUUACUUUGUUUAGUAAAACUCUUCAAAUAUUCUUCAAAAAGCACCCAAGUAUUGAUCUGCUUUGUUUGUUAAAUAGUAGGACAUCGUUAGAUCUGUAAACUGUUCUGAUCGUGUAUGUGAUAUUGUGUUCAAUUUCAUCAGUUUGGCCAUAGAUUUUUCAUCUGGACUUUUAGUUGUUAGUUAAAGCUGUUGAAAAUUAUAUUCACUACUGUUUAAAAAAAACAUUUAUUUUAUUAAUUAUGGUUUCAUUCGUGAAAUGUGUUAAUUCGGGUAGCAUUUAUCUUAACUCUAAAAUCAAGAAGAGAACAAGCACACCUGUAUUUAAUUGUGAUCAUUUAGACAUCGCUUGAAAAAUAUGACCUACCUGGGAUCUCUGCAUGUACUCUUAUCUGAUGUGGAUGUUUUGAUUGUAUUGCAUAAAACCUGAUUUUAUGAAUUUUAGCCGGAUAACAA